AUGUCGCGGACCAUUGUCAAAGAUACCGUUGGUGAUGGAAGCGCAGGCGCAGGCUCUGAGAAGAAAGACCCGAUGGACGACUCGGCCGAGUGGUCCGAUGGUGAGCCCAGCGAUGACGAGACCGAGCAAGAGAAGAAGGAGAGAACUGUUUGGGAGCGGUCGCAGAAGGAGGGCGAGCAAUAUUUGCCCAAGCGGCUGCUCAAAGGCCUGCUUCCUGAAGGGCUCCUGCAGAAGUAUUUCAUCUACCAGCAGAACGAGUCACCCUGGCGUGCUGUCCGUGGCUAUCCGAAGACCCCCGAGGGUGAGGAAGACAGGGAUCCAGACCACAUUCUCGAGAUCAAGCUUGUGAAAGUCGGCAAGGUGCCAGCGACUGGGCACCGAGGGUGGUGCGCUUUGGUCCGCAAGCGCUGGAAGGCUUCCGGCCGGAAGCCAUGGUACUUGCUGAACAUGCUUUAUGCCAAGGAGGGCACGCCCUUGCACUCCCUGGCCCGAACGCUGGUUCGCCUCGAAGAUCUGUCCUUCAUCUUGGCCUGGACGGAGCAGGACCUGAAGCCUUUUGGGUUGCUGGAGAUGCCACGUCUCCUUUUGUCUUUCGCAGUGAAGAAGGUGCACAGGCCUCAUGUGUCCACGGACCCCUUCUCGACAGAGCUGGUGAUGGAGCGUGGAAAUGAAGAUUGGUGGGGAGCAGCGAAGAACAAGACCUUCUUGUAUCCCAUCCAUGCUUCUCGUUCCUUCCUCCAGACGCCUACCCUUGCUUCAGCGUUGUACAUGAUGAUGCUGCGCUGGAUGCAUCGGGACUACCGUGGCGUCGCCGGCUUGGUUUCCGCCGUCGGAACGGACAGCAAGUUCGAGGACGAUGAGAUGCAGAUCUUCAAGAGCUUGGGCCGUACCUUGAAUUGGUUUAGGGUUUGGGGUUUAGGGUUGCUUGUGCCCUGGGCCCCACCGAAUCUUCACUAG